AUGCCCCCUCCACGCGGUGGUUCUUUUAGAAGUCGCGGACCUGGUGGUCGAGGUGGUCGAGGUGGCCGUGGUGGUCGUGGUGGUCGCGGUCGCGGCCGUGGUGGAAGUCGUGGUGGUCGCUUCGCCACUUCGCGACUGAACGAAGCCGAAUCGGACGACUCUUCAGGGGAUGAUUCAGCCAGCGAACUGUCACAGGAAGAAUCUGGCGAUGAUGCCCCCAUGGACGACGGAUCAUCCAGCAGUGAGGAGGAAGAGGAGACUACUGAACGCCCAUAUAACGAACUUCUCCAGCUACUUCAACCGACAGAGACUUCUGGCCCCGCUAGAAAGAAGCGCAAGAUUGCUACCGAUUCUGAUGAGGUGAUCGCAAUGGCCGACACUACGGAGGAACCAGAGCAGAGCGGAGACAACGACCUGGAAGCCCAGGCCCCAUCCGACGACGAAGAUGACGAAGCAGACGACGACGAGGACACUGUCGGUCCUUUUGAAAAGCAUUUUGUUCAGCCCGAGAGCUCAGACCUGGUCAAGCAGGUCGAAGCCAUUCAAUCCAAGAAAUGGAGCUCUGCCAAGAAGGAGGUUGAUGGGCUACGACUCAUCCAGAGCGUUCCUGAAACAGGUGUCGAUGGCGCAACACUACUGCCACCAAUGAAGAACACUAGUAACCUCAAGUUGAAACAAAAAAUCAAGACUCGAGCUGCAGAAAUCUUGCCUAAAAUCAAUGGCCAAGCUCAGAUUAUUGCGCCUUAUGUGUUCGAUUAUCAAGACGUGCUCUACGGUGCUCGUUCUCCGUCCAAUGCACAGGAGUUGCGUGAUAUGCUUGCCUUGCAUGCAGUGAACCAUCUUCUCAAGACUCGUGACCAAGUUCUCAAAAAUAGUGCCCGUCUCGCCAAAGAUCCCGAUACCGACGUUGAGUGCCGUGACCAAGGAUUUACCCGACCUAAAGUCCUAUACAUUCUGCCCACGAGACAAUCUUGUGUGAAGGUCCUCGAAGCAAUCACCCGGAUCUACCAGCCCGAGCAGCAAGAAAAUAAGAAGCGUUUCACCGAUGGAUUCUCGGCACCGGAUGACGAAUCUUGGGAAAACAAGACUGAUGAUUUCCGAGAGUUGUUCGGCGGCAAUGACGAUGAUAUGUUCCGCAUUGGCCUCAAGUUCACCCGCAAGACCGUCAAAUAUUUCGCGCAAUUCUACAGCUCCGACAUCAUUUUAGCAAGUCCUCUUGGUCUACGUACCAUCAUGGAUCAGUCCGAUGCCAAGAAGCGUGAUCACGACUUCCUUUCCUCCAUUGAACUGGUUGUCGUUGACCACGCCGACGCUUUGCUUAUGCAGAACUGGGACCAUGUCGACCAGAUUUUCCAGCACCUCAAUUUGCAGCCCAAAGAAGCCCAUGGCUGUGACUUCAGCCGAGUCCGUAACUGGUACUUGGACAACCACGCUCGCCACGUGCGCCAAACUGUGGUUCUCGCAUCUUGCAUCACACCGGAGAUCAACGCACUCUUCUCCAACCAGAUGCAGAACGCCUCUGGUCGCCUCAAGGCAACCCCAACGUACGCUGGUGCUAUCACCGAGCUCCCACUACCGGUUUCCGUGAAGCAAACUUUCACCCGCAUCGAUAGUCUGUCACCACUGAAAGAUCCCGAUGCGCGCUUCAAGCACUUCACAACCGCUAUUCUCUCAUCUAUUGUGAAGAACAUCACCCACGGCCGUGGCAAGGGCGCAACGGGAACACUAAUCUUCAUCCCAUCAUAUCUCGAUUUCGUCCGCGUGCGCAAUCACUUCUCCACAUCCACGCAAACAACACACAUCUCUUUCGGUGCCAUUUCCGAAUAUACAGAGCCCAAGGAAGCCAACCGGGCUCGCAGUCAUUUCUUAUCCGGCCGCCACUCGGUCUUGUUGUACACCGAGCGUGCACACCAUUUCCGUCGCUACCAAGUUCGUGGCGUGAAGCGGAUUGUCAUGUAUGGAUUACCGGACAAUGCGCAAUUCUAUGGUGAGAUCGUCGGGUAUCUUGGCCUUGACCCGGCGGAGUUGGUUGAUGCCGCCCAGGGCGGUGUUCGUGCUCUUUUCUCCAAGUGGGACGCGUUGAAGUUGGAGCGUGUUGUUGGUACGUCUAGAACUGGAAAUAUGUUGCGUGAGAAGGGCGGUGAUACUUUCACCUUUGUAUAA